AUGCGUUGGAUGGAGGCGUGUAACUCAGAUGCUCUGGGAGAAUCCGGAUUGCCCACAAAGGCUCCAGCUUAUUCUGCCGAGUCCACCAGCAUCCCAAAGUCCUUCACCCCAGCGCGGUGGCUGGCUGGCACUGCCCGAUUGAUUUUGUCCCUAAUUGCGUUCAUCUGCAUUGAGACCAUCAUGGAAUGCUCCCCGUGCGAAGGCCUCUACUUUUUCGAGUUUGUAAGCUGCAGUGCAUUUGUGGUGACUGGAGUCUUGCUGGUUCUGUUCAGUCUCAACCUCCACAUGAGGAUCCCCCAGAUCAACUGGAACCUGACAGAUUUGGUCAACACUGGACUCAGCACUUUCUUUUUCUUUAUUGCCUCCAUCGUACUGGCUGCUUUAAACCACAAGACCGGAGCAGAGAUUGCCGCUGUGAUAUUUGGCUUCUUGGCAACAGCAGCUUAUGCAGCGAGCACUUUCCUGGCUGUGCAGAAAUGGAGAGUCAGCAUCCGCCAGCAGAGCGCCAAUGACUACAUUCGAGCCCGCACCGAGUCUAGAGAUGUGGACAGUCGCCCGGAGAUCCAGCGUCUGGACACGUGAGGAACCCCAGAGUCCUGCUUCUACCACAUGCUCACCUGUCCUUCAAUCAAGUUUUCUUUCUCUGAGCACAUUAGAUCAUCAUGUGAUUCCGUUGAAUUUUGUCCCCUUUGGUAAAAAUUCACUUUGGGAAAGGCUUUCUAAAGUGGCCCAGUGGUCAGCUUUGUGUGGCUGGAGAGGCCUGUAUCCUCUGGCCCUGGGUGGCUGUGGGGGCAGCACCCCUGCUGACCACCCAUGUCCACUCUAGGUCUCAGCUGUCCCAGAGCAUUGGCUCUCAUCCCAGAGCCACUUUGUCAUAUGUAUUUCUGAUGAGUCAGAACUUGGGGUUAAAUGGGGCUGCUAAGAUGUCAGGCUAUGAAGGUCUAGGGUUGCAGCAGUCAGCCUUGAUUUCUGGGCAGCCCCUGUAGUGGGCUCUUGGUGGAUGUUGAGUCUGUCUGCCAGGAUCCACCCUCGUCAUCGUCUUCCAUACCUGGGGUGCCCGAAGGCCACAUGGGCUUCUGAGGAUCUUGGUGAUGGAUGUGUUGGUGGAUCUCUUUGCUUUGUCUGUGUGUUGCAGGGACAGGAAAAGCUGGUGUUCUGUGGGGACAGCUCCAUGGGACACUGACUUAUGGGAAAGUCACCAUUUUUCUCCCACCUUGCUGAGAAAUCAUUUGAUUCUUCCUCAAAAGGACCACCUUCCUAAGUCCCAGACUCAUCCAGUGAUAUGGGGACCAUCUUGUUUGCCAGUUUCCUGCCUACCCUAAAUACCUGGAGGCUGAGUUGCAGAGUUCCUGCAGUUUCAUCUUCUUAGGUAAAAGCCAUGAAGAUAACACAGCCCAUUCCACCAGCCAAAGCACUUGCCAGCCUGCUGGCCUCCUGGACCACAUAUGGGAAGUUUGUGUGUGUGUGUGUGCAUUUGUGUGUGUUUGUAUAUGUGUGUGCAUGCAC